GUGACUGGCGGCUUAGUGGCUCACAAUUCAAUCGGGCCCGCCAACUCUUCAAGUGGGAUUUACUUGGGCUUUCUAAUGGAAUCGGCCCAUCUCUUUAUUACGCUCGGCCCAUUUUCGACUGUCCAACAACAAAUUUUUUGGUGUGCUGCUUCUCCUUUGGAACGAGUAACGACACCUCGUUGUCGCAAAACCCUUCUUCCUUUCCUUGAUCUUGUUCCCGCCGGCGCUCUGUAGCAACUAGCAGUAACCGGCGAACGGACAGCGGCAGGAGGAGGACAGCUUGAGUUUCCGGUAAGCUUUACUGCUCUUGUCUUUUCAGCUUUCUCCCACGAUAAUUUUCGAACUGUUUCUCACCCUUCCUCGCUUCCGCCGUUGAUCAGAAAGGGCAACGACCGAGGCGGCGGACAGACUGACGGCGACUCCGUGACUGCGUCCUGAGAAGUGACUAGUAUCUUGGGUAAGCGCUCAACAUCUUCAUAAUUGUACUUGAAGCCCCGUUCUCAUGAGUUUGUUCUGCCAAUGUCCUGCAAAAUUGCUUUUUGAUUGACAUUCGAUGGUUUAUUCUCUCCUUUCAUUGUUGACUUCCGAGUUGCAAACUUUGUUAUAAAACAACACAUUUAGGUGUAGUGAUUCUCGACGGGUGUGUUUAAAAUUUUCAGUGGGAUUGAGUAGCAAUGACACCAAACGUGAAGAGGCCUCGUCGGAAAUUGGUAGCUAGGCCAGUGACAUUCUCCCCAUUUGCGCGCUCAGCUGCUCACCUUGCGUCAGCUUACAUGAUUAAGCGUCAAAUGAUCGAGAACAAACUCCAUGAAUCGUGUCAACAUACUCCAAAUGGCAAGUGUUGCGGUCAGAGAAACAUCGAUGAGACAGACAGCGAUUCCGAUGAAGAAAGUUCUGAAGGGGUUGUGCAAGCGGAUUUCGCCUUCUUUGAUCCAAAACCGGACGACUUUCAUGGAGUGAAGACCUUAGUUCAAACUUUUCUUGAUAACGAGGAGUGGAAUUUGAGUGGUUUUGUAGAUUUAAUACUUGAACAGACCACAGUUGGGACGGUGGUGAAACUGGAGGAUGAGGACGAUGAUGGGCUUUUCUCAGUAGUGACAGCCUUAAACUUGGGUAGAUACAAGGACCAUAAAUGUAUGAAGGAGCUAGAGGAGUAUAUUCUCAGUGUAUGCCACGAGAGUAACCUUGUGGAGCAGUUGAGAUUACUAUUCAGCAAGAGAGCACGGGAUGUUGGUCUCUUGGUGUCACAACGAGUGGUUAAUCUUCCUCCCCAGCUUUUGCCACCUCUUUAUGAUGCGCUCUUUGAUGAAGUGUCAUGGGCUGUAGAAGACGAGCCAACAGAGGAGCUUCGGAACUCGUUCCGCUUCAAGACCUAUUUGAUUGUUACUAAAAUUUAUAAGCAUAAGAAAGCAAAUGGUAAACUAGGUAAAAAACCUGAUAAUGAAGAAGAGCCGGUAAUAUAUGUGAAGGCCGAGGACGAGCUUUUUCAUGAGCUGUCUUCAUGGUCGUUCAGUUUCCCUCUCAAAAUCCAGCAUGUGACCUCCAGUGAGCUGAAGAACUACGUAUCAACGGGGUUGGUUAUGGCAGUCGAAGCAGACAAAAUCCCCACAUUCCGACAGCAGUUGCGCUCUCUGAUCGACGAUGAACCCUAAGGGUACUGCUGCAGCAGAGUUUAAUCAUUGUUUUCAUUUUUCUACUCAGCUGUAUUAGUUUACGGAUUCUAGUGGUUUUACUACUUUCUUCCUAUCAUGAAAGGAUUUUGAUUUCUGGAAUGCAAUACCAGAAGUUACGAACCUACUCGGCACUAAAGUUUUGGCCUUUUACUUACAUUUCUCUUGUGGUCUUCUACUCUGCACAUUCUCUCCAAUUUAACUCCGAAAGCUUUCUGUUCUGGCACUCUCGCGAUUGAUUCGAUAGGUUUCUUUACUAGUUGGUGCAGCCUCAUGAUUCGAAACUGAACAAGUAGUACCAUUUUGAACUGGUUGAAUCCUCUUAUCUUAUGUGGCCUUGGCUGCUACCUAAGAACUCGAGAGCAGAGAGCUACGAAAAGCUGGAAUGUGAUCCAUUUCCAGGUUACCAUGGAAGGAAGGCUUCAACUUACGGCCCCUGAAAGGGAGAAUGGGCCAUUUGGAAAGAGAAAGUGCAAAAGAGCAAAAGAGAGAUACCUUAUCGACCUAAUUACUUCAGCUAAUAAAAAGGUUAUCAAUCU